UUUUGCACACCAAUUGUCACACAAAUCAUACACAGGAUUAACGCAACAGCCUAUGAAUGAGUGCUUAUUAUAGCCACUGAUUGGCAACUGUUUGUCACAAUAGACUCGCAAACCACUCGUCAGUCAAACAAAUGAUCGCAUAUUUGGCACUCAUUUGUCACACCAUUUGAAACGACAACUCAAUUGUCAUCACUUUUUUGACACAAUUAUCGCUGCAUUUGAUUUGCUGUGAAAUGCCAUCAAUGGCUCAAAACUAAUCGCAUUGUGUGUCCCACCAGUUGUCUCGCACACACACGACACGUGCCAACCAAUUGAUCCCAACCGACAGCCACAGUGAACAGACACCAUGCCAUGUCCCACAUGGUGUCCAACACGGUGUCCCCGAUGGACAGGUGGUCCCUGGGAGUCCUACAUAUCCGUAUUCAUCCUAUUCCUCAUUAAUCUACUGAACUAUAUGGACAGGUUUACCAUCGCUGGCGUACUCAACCAGAUCGAGAAGUACUAUGACCUCAACCACAGCCAAUCGGGUCUCCUCCAGACGUCAUUCAUCUUGUGUUAUAUGGUAUUCGCGCCGGUAUUCGGCUAUUUGGGCGACAGAUACUCCCGUAAACUCAUAAUGAUGUUCGGGAUCUGCUUCUGGAGUGUGACCACAUUCAUGGGCUCAUUCAUCCCCAGCCAAUACGCGCCGGCAUUCUUCGUGAUGCGAGCGCUGGUAGGCAUAGGAGAGGCCAGCUAUUCGACGAUAGCGCCCACUAUUAUUGCCGAUCUGUUCGCACCGGGAGUUCGCUCGCGAAUGUUAGGCAUCUUCUACUUCGCGAUACCCGUCGGCUCCGGUAUGGGUUAUAUCGUGGGCUCAGCGGUGGCCGAGUGGACGGGCGACUGGAAGAACGCGCUGCGAGUGACCCCUGGGCUGGGACUGGUGUGCGCUGUCAUGAUCUCCGUGUUGGUGAGGGAGCCGUCGCGGGGAGAGUCCGAAGGGGUGAGCGGUGACAGCACUGAGAAGACAUCCAUCGCCGACGAUAUUAGGUAUCUGUUGACCGUUCGCUCGUACAUCUGGUCGACCAUAGGCUUCACGUGCGUGUGUUUCGCUGUGGGGGCCCUGUCCUGGUGGGCGCCCACUUUCAUGAAGCUCGCCUACGAAGUUCAGGGCGACAACAAGUCUGACGACUGGAUUGGACUCAUAUUCGGUGUGAUUGCGUGCAUCGGAGGCAUAAUUGGCGUUUUUAUGGGAAUGUCUGGUUCGCAGUACUUUAGACUGUAUAAUCCGAGGGCCGACCCGCUUGUCUGCGCGGUGGGCGUGCUGUCGGCCGUUCCCUUCUGUUUUCUGGCGCUGGCAUUGACCGUCAAAUCCAUAGCCUUUUCGUGGUUUUUCAUAUUUCUGGGAAUAACUCUAUUGUCGACCAAUUGGUCGGUUGUGGCGGAUAUGCUAUUAUACGUGAUUACACCGAACCGGCGCUCAUUCGCACAGUCGCUGCAAAUACUGACAUCGCAUCUGUUGGGCGACGCCAGCAGUCCAUUCGUGAUCGGACUCUUAUCGGACACAUUCAACAAGAAUGCCGAUUCGGAUCAGUCGCGGUUCUGGUCGCUGCAGUACUCCCUGUAUUUGACGCCAUUCGUGAUGGUGUUGGGAGGGUUCGCCUUCCUAUACACCUCACUGUUCAUUGAGAAGGACAGAGAGAAAUGCAAACAACAAACUCAGGGACAAAGGUCUCGGACGUCAUCGGACACUAGUAUACAUACAUUGCCUCCCAGUUCCACGUCUACCACUCUGGCGGCCGAUGAUAACGUAGUGGACAUCGACACCAAUAACUCAUUAAUCGAUUCCGACUCCAAGUAUCUCAUAGACCACUCGUAAUACGCGAUUUGAUGAUUAGUUUUUAAGAUUUUAUUUUUUUGUUGAUUACUAUAUUAAUACUAAUUGUAUGACAUUAUUAUGUAAACGAAUUUUUUUGUUUAAAAAUUCCUUAAUUUAUUUAUAAAGAGAGUAUGAAAUAUUUAUUCUAUAUAUCACUGUUAUAUUGCAUUUGCCAAUAACAAGUUUUUAUACAAUUAAAAAAAA